AUAUAAUGAUUAACAGAUGGCGUUUGUGUCAGAGGGUUACAUCGGGUUCAUGGGGGCAUGUUAGACGUUAAAUAACAAUAUUGCUAGUUUCUUUCUUCCGGAUAUUUUUAAAAUAUACAGCCUUGAUUUUACCGGUCGAAAUGAACGACUGUUUUAAAGGAGAUGUUGAGGAGGCCAUACAAACUCAUCUUGAUAUUCUGUCAGAAAAAUCUCAGUUUGCUGUAAGUUUAAAACAGGAUAAAGGGUUGUUCAACAAAAUAAGCAUCCUGCAUCUUACUGAUAUUGAUGUUCCAGUGUCCCUAAAUAAUGUGUCGAAGCUUGUUCAAGCUGCUUCCAAGAGCAGUCCAGAAGCAAAAAGUUCUCCUUGUGUAAAGUAUGGACAAAUGUGGCAGAUCCGUCAGUGUGAGGCACUUAAAGCUCAAAGUGAAAAGUGGUCUGACCUUUUACCAGAGUUAACAAACAAAAUGUUAUUACUCAUGGGCCUAAACCCUUUGGUUGUAAAGGUCAAAACCAUCUUACGAGACUUUUUCAUUUGUGGUACUGAUGGCUUAGCAAAAUUUUGUUUCGAAGAAGAGAAUGCUGGAUUUAUUAAGAUGAUUUUACAAAUCCCUGUUGAGGGAAUCCAUGAAGAAGGCCGGAUCAAAGUGGAACUUAACGAAAAAAUACAGUUGUUCAACGUCUGUGAAGAUAGUGAUCGUCAUUACCACGUGACGGCUUUCUAUUCCGACUGCGACCAUCAACUGGAAAAGGUGACGUUUGGCUGGCGGUUGGCCAUGGUCUUUGACUUGGUAUUCGAGGAGAAAAUGGUUCAUAACCCCUUAUGCCCACCAGCGAAUCUCCAUUCCUUUCUAGCCGUCGGUCACAUUCAAGAGACUUUAGCGCAAUGGGCCACGAAUGAGAAUGAUUACCCCAGUAUGCUAGCCUUAGUACUUGAUCACCGCUACAGUUCAACUCAGCUCAAUUUUCAUAGCCUGAAAGGCAGGGAUCAUCUUUUGACCGGACUGCUCCGAUCUGUUGAUAGUAUCAAUACGUAUCUGAGUCACUUUCAAGCGCAUGAACGUAGCAUUACCCUCUCGGACCAAGAAGACAGUGAGAACACGGAUUCAGACUGUACCAUUACCCUCUCGGACCAAGAAGACAGUGAGAACACGGAUUCAGACUGUACCAAUUCCAUCUGCAUCUGCUGCGUUACCAAAGGUUGUAGCUGUCAGAAACGGGUGCGUCGGAGAGCCGAGUCACAACCUAACCUGAGAAAUGGUGUCAAGAUUCUUAGCCUGACAGGUGUGGAUGGCAAAACAAUGGAAUGCAUCCCAAUCGAUGUCGACCUCGAUUCGGAAAUGAUUCUUUUCAACCGAAAUGUGCACAACAUCCGUCCCAAUGUAACCGUCUUCGACUGUGAUAAUAUGGAAUAUGAUAUCCCCGACGGCCAUACAGAAUUGGGCCUGUUGCGUUGGUUACGGGAGUGCCAGUAUGACGCAGUGACUGGGCCGAUAGAACAAUUCCAGCUUGCUAAAUACGAAAUAGAGCAGCGGUUUGAAAAGAACAAAUGCCGUGUCAUUUUCGUUGUGCACGUCGAUCCUCGGCCUGUGAGCAUGCACUGGGUGUUUUCCUUUGGUGAUUGUUGGGAUUAUUGUUUCGUAGAUGAAGUCGUCCCUGGCGGCCAAUUAGACCACCAUCGGAUCUCGCUAGGCAAAUUCGUCAAAUCGCCUUCCGACCAAACUUUGUCGAGUUUUAUUGUGGAAAUGUCAACUGAAUCCUUCAAGUCGUUAUUACUCGAAAUGCUCGGCCCAGUUUUGCAGACAAGUCUAGCCACAUUACGGGCCAGCUUGGGACAAUUUUACAGCGGGGUCCGAAUAGCAUUAGGACUGCCAAACAACAAAACCUUGAUAAAAUUGAUGAAAGAAUGUUUGCUGGCCCAACUGAAUGACAGCGGGAUAACCUGGAAUGUAGUCGAUGCAGUGAGCGAUCCAAGUUUUGAUUCUUCUUCUUCGCUAACGGAGGGCCUCUGGGGUGUUUUCAAGCACAAAAUUAGCAACCCUCUUGCACACUUUUUACUUAUCAGUGAUAUUUGGCGUAUUACUGAUCUGCCCUCCUCCAUGUUAUGGUGUGACUUUGUUAUCGCGAAUUAUCCCGACCGUUUGAUGUCGCUCAACUCUUCCGACACUCCCCCUCAAAUUCCUGUUGGAUUUCGAUCCUGCACUCAACCAUUUGGUCGAUUGCUAGCAUCUUUCAACAUGAAUUACGCCCAACGCACAGAACCACGUCUCAAUGGACCGCUUCGAUGGCUCUUAGAGCGUAUCGCCAAAAACGAAGAUGAAAAUUCGCAAGAGAUAAAAGAGGCAUACUUUCUUGAUUGGUUUUUGCUUCGAAUUCCACCACAUUUGCACCGUUGCUUGCGAAAAGUGCCGCUGUCGAAGAUGAGUUAUCUUGUUGACAAUCUGUUUGAAGAACCAGCCAUGUUUUUCCUUGAUUGGGAGCAUUGUGAAGCAGAUGUAAUUGCAGCCCUUGAGCUGGCUAGCAUUGCCUCUUUUGCCACGGCUGAUAAGAUUGACUUCUGGAGCGAGGCUACGGGCAGGAUGCGCAAUUGGAAAUUUUUUACCGAAACAGCAGCUCGGCUAUCCUUAGAAACAUUGGCUUCAGCCGACGUUAUGAAGUCCCAUAAAAAAUUCAUGCAAUCAAUUUCUUCGAUUGAAUUAAGUUCGGCGCUUACAAACCUACUGGAUUGCGUGAAAGAUUUGCCACAGCUUUGGCUUGGUUUGAGAAUCACGAAACGUAUCUUGGUCUUUGAUCCAGAUUCGGACAUCAGACUUCCAGAACUACAGGUUUCUGCACCUCACAGACUAUUUGAUAGCCUGACAGAUUUAGUCAUUACAUCUGUCAUCCGACCAAGGCUGGCUAGUGAUGGCCAAGGAAGACGAUUUGUCCGACAAGCUGACUUGUACGCCUUGCUAAAGAGCACGUCGUCCUGUAGUUCUCCCGAAGAGCUUUCAAAAAUCCUAGGAGAGUGUCCUACCACCAAUUCGAUCGUAUUACGAGAAGAUAACGUAGCUGGAAAAGAUAUCGACGGACAUUGUUCAAGUUGCGCAAGCCCGCUUACCACAAUUGAAGAAACGGAAGAUGACCAGACCCAUCCUGUUACUCAUUUGAGAUCACCAAACGAAAAAGAGAUAAAUUCCCUCUUCGAAGAUCACCAAAAAUUCAUGUUUUUCUUUGAGCGUGUCGCUGAGUUGUUCAUCCAACAGCGAAAAAACAAUCCGCGUGAUAUCCAAGAUUUUCUGCAGUAUCUUUUAAGUUCCGAUUCCCGUCUGCGAGUCUCAUGGCGUUUCAUGACCGUUAUCGUACGCACGGUUUUGUCAACUCGUUCUGGCAAAAAAGUUAUGGAUGACCUUCUCUUAACCAUUCGAUGCAACCGGCCGUCUGGCGAAUUUAAUGUUAAUGCCCACAAUUUGUUACGUGCCUUACUCGCGUGUGCCGACCAAGAUAUCCGGAACAACCAGGACGCCGAACCAGGUUUUGAUUUGAUUGAAGCUGCCAUGACAAGAGAUUGGACGGUUGAUCGCAUUCAACGACUAGCUAACAUUCGAAAGCAAAUAGCUGAAGUUGAAAAUGGAAUAGGGGAUGUUAUCGCAGAAUGGUCUGGUUGGCGGAAAAACCAGAAUGACCAAGCCCUCACGGAUUCUUUGCUGUUCUUCAUCUUGCGUUUCUACUCUGAUGAAGGAGACCAAACACGACUGAGCCGAAUGUUCCGCAAUCCAAGAAUAGCUGAAGAACUAAAUCACCACAAGGUUGUUAACAGUUUCAUCAAGACUUUAUCUCCGCUCUCGCUAGGUUUCGAUCUACAACCUGCUGCCACUACAGCCAAUGUAUUCCAAGAGCGCUUGUUGGAUGGAGAUCGUUUUGGCACUGGGGCAUUCGAGCAUUAUCCUGCACUACGCGAAAUCCAACCCGAUUGGGCUCCUUUCAUCGCUCGACUCGCGUAUCACGCGUAUGAUAUCUUCCAAACCAAACAUUUCCGCUUGCUAAGAGAAAUGGCUACCAAUCUGGUUGCUACGUCGCAAUAUCUUCUUCCGGGCAUUGACAAUCAUCCUUAUUUGCCCAGCUUUACAUUGGAGGCGAUGCGCUGGUUUGUUUGUAACUGUGGAACAUUGAAUUGUGUCGGGAACUGUGGAAAUCCCACGCCAGCAUCCAUUUGCAUCAAUUGUCGCGUGGCCCUUAGUCAAGCCGCUCACCAUCCACGAGCUGGAGUUCGACGAGCAACCGCUAGAGACUUUCAGCCACCGACUGGGAUUCACGUAACUCGAGCUGCCACCCGUACUCCAACUUUUGCUGCGAGAAACUGUUCACCGGUCGUCACCCGAUUUGCACUCCUGCUGAAUUCGUUGGCACUGAUGAAUGCUGCUUUAAAUCCACGAACAGAACAACACGCCAUUGCUCAUCUACUGCUGACGCUUCCACUUGCCGAACGUCAGCGUGUUGAAAAUCGUCAAUCAUUAAUUCAGCUCCUGUCGAAUCAUAUAAUCGUCCAUCUAGACCUACUCUGCCAGCUAUUAGUGGCAUCUAGACCACAAUUGACAAUGACGGACAAGUUCCGCAUUGGCCAUUUGUUACUCCACAAAUUACUCGCAUCUCAGGACCGUUCAUUUCUUACACACGCGGCCGAUUUUGCUAACGGAACACAGGCAAGAGAGACUUUCGAAAAUGGUCUAACAAGACUGCUGGCCCAACAAGUAAACCUAGCGGAAGAGCUCGAUCAGAUCGCAGGGCAAUCAGAUGCGGCAUCGAAGGCAUUUAGGCAAUCCUUCCUGCACAACGAAACAUCGCAUUGGGCCUAUGCAAGAAGAGUCUUUGCUGAUCGACAAACCUUACAACUAGAACUGGCCAGGAACGGUCAGCUGCGCAAAACUCUGCCUUUCCUGAAUUUGUUACUGGAUGAUGAAAAUUGGAUGCGCAAAUUGAAUGCGUUGCAAUACCUUGGCGAAGCUUUACGUUUUGUCGCUCUCGUUCGCACUGUUUUGGCAGGAGAAAUAACUCUAGAGGAAGCAAACCGUAUGACCAUCGCCCAGGGUUUGGAAAAAAUCACGGAUGUCGUUUUGCAGAAAGUAGUCCUAUUAGAUCGCGGGCGCCCUGUAGCGACCAGGGAACAUGUGAUGGAUCUGUUUGAGGGUUUCAAACAGUUAUGGGAUCGAUUCAGUCAGCUACAGAACGCGGAGAAGAAAACGUUCUUGGAUUACUUUACAACAACUGGUUCUUGGAUUACUUAACAAGUUGAUGUCAGCGUUAGACCCAAAACAAUACUUGAUCAAGCAGCACCCCUUAUUCUGAUUUUGGCCGGCAGUGAACUGCCGGGGACUACGUUCAGUUGCCAACUAUUGAGUCACGCUGUGGAAGCUGCUUCAUCCAUCGCCCUCACGGACUUCAUUCAGCCGCUUUGUCGAGUAGGCUCAGGACGCGUCCGACUCUCAUGUUCAAGCGCUGCAGCUUUAACUGACUUCGAUGAAUCACUAUACGCCCACGUUUCAACCGAAGAGGUCGAUAAUUUUAUUCGGGAUCAUGUCAUCGACCGGUCCACUCUCAAGCUAGCUGAGUCAUUUGCAAUGGCGGCCAUUUUAGGACCGGCUGGUAGUACCAUAGCGGAAGAGUUGUCUCUUGAUGUCAUCCCAGAAUUUUUGUUCAAAGACGAUGUGGAAUCGGGAAAUUUUCUUGUGAGUCUGGAGAGGCGUUCUAUCCCUUGGCAGCCAUCUACGAUACCUCCUCAACUCCAGGAACUCAUCCUAGCUGAUUUGGAAAAAAAUCGCUGUUUGGCCGAGGCUAGAUCGGUCCUCAUUUCUGUCAUCACGCAUCUUCAUUCAAAUACCGAACCACUAGUCGUUAGCAAGGUGCGGAAGAACUACAUCUCCGAAGUAUUGGAGGAAUUGGUGCAGGCAGAAGUUUUGACAGAACGCCACAUAUCGAACGCCACCGUAGGCGCCCUCAACAGACAUUUGAAAUUGGAAGUUCGUCACGCCUUUGGUUUGCUGAAAGCCAUUGUGGCGCGAAUGAAAGGUGAUGACAUUUUCGGUGGCCGCGUUCGAGAAGGUUGGACGACGAUGAUACCUGAACGCCUUGCUCAACUGACGAGGCAAAAAUUACGAGCCGAUACCCAACCCGGUGGAAUACUGGAAAGUUUGUUACAGAUGGUUAACAUUAUAUCAGGUAAUCAGACGGUCCCGGUCGAGCUUACCCCCGACAAGUCUUUGUUGUAUGCCAUCAGACAGAUCGAAGGUUCGGAAUGGGAUGGAAUUCCCGCCGAAUUGAAAAUGGAGCAUCUCGGCCACCUACACAACAUUGUCGAAUCCGUUGCCAAAAAAUAAGCCUUACGUCAAUUGUUUUCUUGUCUUUCUUUUUUAAUCCAGUUUGUUUUUUUAUCCGAUAUUACGCCAAUUAAGAUUAAUAAUUAUUGAUUUUUUCCUGAAACAUGUGAUCAAAGGUUUGGUGAAAGUCGUUCCUGGUCUAGUUUAUUUGUAAUUCAUUUUCCUGAUAGAGGGUUACAAAAAAUUAUUAAUAAUAAUAAUUACUUUUUCAUUCUGGGUUUGGCUCUUUAUUCUGUAAACAGUGUUCUGCAUCUAUCAAUACAUAGUAAAAGCUGGAA